AUGCUGUUCACCAAAUAUCUGCUUUGGUCUUUCAUGGUGGUACGAGUGCAGUUAUUUUUGCACCAACUUCAGCCGUUCCUGUUUGUGAACAUUAAUGAUACAGCAAAGAUCCAGUGCUCUUCCAAAGAACAAUUAUUAGCAGGAGGUGUGACAGCUCAGUGGUACAGGAGACGAGAAGGCGAGGCCCCCAUGUUAAUUAAGAGCUGCUCAGAUAAUCAAAAUGUAAAUAAAGUUGCUUGCAUAUUGGAAGGACACAACUUGACACUGGCAAUCUACAAUGCCCAACGGAAUGACUCUGGGGUUUAUUACUGUACCGAUUCGUACAUCAUCUUCUUGACUUUUGGCAACGGAUCGACCCUGAUUGUUGGAGACAGUUACACCACCAGCAGUUGGGUGCUGCCUCUGGCUCCAUCUCCCCACAGCCUCCUCUCCCCCGGGACGGCUGAUCUGGCUUGUGUGGUCCAUGGAGUUUCCAACCCAGUCCAAAUUUCCUGGAGUAUUUCUGGGGAUCUGCAGGAACAGGGGCUGACGCGUUCGCUGAAAGCAAAGGAUGGCUCCUUGGUGUUCAUAAAUCGCAUCAGUGUCCCCGUGGCCACCUGGACCAGUGGGAAGAAUUUCACCUGUGAUGUUAAAUUCAACUCAUCUGGCAAGAGUGUGAAGAAAAUUGCCAGGUAUAUUGAAGCCCAUUCCAGCGAGUGUGUGCCGCAGACGCUGCGCUAUGCAGUGGCAAUUUUCUUGGUGGGUCAAACCGCUUAUGCCCAACUGGAGGUUGAUUCAAGGAAUCCCAACCAGAGCAGGGAGCAGUGA